AUGGACAGGAGAGUGAUGACCAAGAGGAUAUUAGACCUCACCAUGGAGAUCAUCUACCUGCUGACCGGAGAGGUGAGGAGGAUUCUGGGAAGUCACAUGACAUCACUCUUUUCUCUAUUAAUAAAACACAGACCUGACCAGAGAGAAGUCUCCCAGAAGAUCAUCGAUCUGCUUACAGGAGAGGUGAGCGGUGCCGGGAAUUCUAGGACAUUCUCCAGUAAUAGACAAGGGAUGUGUCUGGAUGGUUCCUAUAAGGUAUCAGGAUGUCACUGUCUAUUUCUCCAUGGAGGAGUGGGAGUAUCUAGAAGGACACAAGGAUCUCUAUAAGGAUGUCAUGGUGGAGGAUCAGCCGCCCCUCACAUCACCAGAUGGAUCCAGUCAUGGGAACCCACCAGAGAGAUGUCCCCGACCUCUGUAUUCCCGGGAUUCCACACAGGAAGGUCCCACCAUCCCUCACCAUCAUCAGGUAGAUGGAUCCAGUAAUGGGAACCCACCAGAGGGAUGUCCCCGUCCUCUGUAUUCCUGGGAUUCCACACAGGAAGGGCCCACCAUCCCUCACCAUCAUCAGGCAGAUAGAUCAAGUAAUGGGAACCCACCAGAGGGAUGUCCCCGUCUGUAUUCCUGGGAUUCCACACAGGAAGGGCCCACCAUCCCUCACCAUCAUCAGGUAAAUAGAACUUAGAUUCUCACCACAGUGAAAUUAGUUUUUCUUUUUUC